AUGGCAGAAACCCCAACCAUGAGUAGUGACGAAAAGACCAGGAUUGUUCGGGAGAGGCUCUCGCUAUACGGGCCGAACCCACCUAUGGAACUGGUGCAGCAGUUGAUGGCAGAAGCGGACGAGGAUAUACGGAAGGCUAGAGCCCACGAACUCAGCCUAGUGACCGCACACCGCAAUGCCGAAGCACCGCAGGUAAUCGUUCCUGUCAAAAAUGCCGGGAGGCCCAAGAUACCCUAUGCAGCGUUUAGACCCUUCCUAGAGAGCGAGACAGGAAUUGAUGAAUAUUUGGCGGACUUCAAAAGGCAAUGUGCCCUGCAGCAGAUUCCCAACAGAGAGUGGCCCACGAUAUUGUCUGGGAAACUAUCCGGGCGAUCCCUGGAAGCAUUUUGGACUCUGGGCGCUGAGGAAGUGACACAGUAUACGCUGGUCAAAGAGACACUGUUGCGGCGUAUACAACAACGAGGUGAACCCAGUGACUACCCGAGCCCAAGCCCGGACAGAGCGAUAACUCUCACCAGUGCAGGAGACACAGGAAAUAAUGCUAUGAGGCCCACUUGUGACAACCAGACUGAAGUAGCAGAGUUUGUUCUAUUGGGGUUUGGACAUCUGCACAAGCUCAAAAUUCUGCUCUUUACUCUGUUUCUACUAAUCUACUCUGUGAUACUGGGUGGAAAUCUGCUCAUCGUACUAUUGGUGACCACCACUGACCAUCUCAAUGUUCCAAUGUUUUACUUCCUGAAGCACUUGUCCCUCUCUGAUAUAGUUCUUACAACAGAUAUCAUACCUUUAUUGCUUGAUGUCACAAUAAAGGAGGAGAGGACACUAUCAGUUGCUGGCUGUUUAACUCAACUCUACAUUUUUGCGGUUGCUGGUUACGCACAAUGUUUUCUUCUUGCAGUGAUGUCCUAUGACCGGUUACUGGCCAUAUGUAACCCGCUUAAAUAUGCAUUAAUAAUGAGUCCGAACGUUUGCCUGCAAUUGGUAGUUGGCCCCUGGUUGUCAUUUAUAACUCUGCUUUUAAGUGAAAUGAUUUUAUUUUGCCAGUUACAAUUUUGUGGGCAAAAUUACAUCGAUCAUUUCUUCUGUGAAUUUGGUCCUCUGGUGAAUUUGGCUGUUUCAGACACGUCAGUUUUGAGGAUGUUAGAUGCAUUUUUCUCCAUUCCACUAAUUUUUUUCCCAUUUGUUUUUAUUGUAAUUACAUAUGUUUUAAUUUUCUUCUCCAUCAUGAAAAUUACAUCUUUAACAGGAAGGAGCAAGUUCUUCUCCACUUGUUUUUCCCAUCUGAUCUCUGUGUGCACCUAUUAUGUGACUCUGGUCAUAGUUUAUAUAAUUCCAUCUGGGGAAGAUGCUUUCGAUUUAAAUAAGUUCAGAUCAUUGUUGUACAUGGUAGUGACUCCACUAAUGAAUCCCAUUAUAUACAGCUUGAGGAACACUGAAAUUAGGAUAGCAAUCCAAAAAUUACUUAUGUUUAAUUGUGUAACCUAUUGA